GUGAAGUAAACUGAAUAGUGUAAAUUGGGCAAAGAAAAGGCUACGCUAGAUACAAUUAAGUUAAAGCUAGUUCGUGGUUUGUUUUCUCGAGAGACCGAGACAUAAAAGAAAAGGGUGCUAAAGAGACUUGUUUAUAUUUUGCUUCGUUUAAAGGCUACAGCACGUGGCUUACAUGAUGAAAGUAUUUGUAUUGCUAUUGUUGAUGACAUGUGUUGUAUUCUGUGUUGAUGGAAGAUACAUAAAACGAGGAUGCCGCAUACCGACUGGCCCGGAGUCUCACCAGGCAAAGUUUCGCAUGGGGAGAAAACAAUUAAGGCCAGGGAAAGUAAUUAGAUACGGAGAACGGGUCACAGUUGCUUGCAAAAAGGACAUAUACGGUGAUGCAAUUCAUAGCUGGAGUCACCAUUUUUGCAGAGGUGUAUGGACGCCAAGUCUUCCUAGCUGUAAAGCGUACGAGCGCUGCAAAGCACCGCCAAAGAUGAACAAUAUGAUUGCAACGGUAUCCAUAAACCCAUCCAGAACAUUUCCACAUGGAGACCAAAUACGUUAUACUUGUAAAGAGGGGUACAACAGGAAAGGUGACCUUGACUUCAUUAAAUGCAGAAAUGGACAGUGGACACCGGUUGGGAUGUCAUGUGAGGUCAACUCAUUGCCGUUCGGAAAACCGCGUAAGAAAUCUUCAUUCGAAAGACGGCGAAGACAAAAAUCCGCAGAACAUGUCACCAUCCAAAACGAACAACCUGCUGAGUGUAAUAUGAACGUGGACAAUGGUCAACUAACGCAGAUUGAUAACGGAACUGGAUCAUACACUCUACACUGUGAAACUGGCUAUCAACCUCAACGUGAGAAUUACGUAUGCCAAGAAGGGGCAUGGCUAGACAAUUCACCGAAAUGUGAUUCAAAAUUCUCCGAAAUUGUCACCAUCCAACCCGAGCGACCUGCUGAGUGUGAUAUGAAAGUGGACAACGGUCACUUGUCGCAGACCGAUAACGAAACCGGAACAUACACUUUACACUGUGAAACUGGCUAUCAACCUCAACGUGAGAAUUACGUAUGCCAAGAAGGGGCGUGGCUGGACAAAUCACCAAAAUGUGUUUCAAAAUUCUCCGAAAUUGUCACCAUCCAACCCGAGCGACCUGCUGAGUGUGAUAUGAAAGUGGACAACGGUCACUUGUCGCAGACCGAUAACGAAACCGGAACAUACACUUUACACUGUGAAACUGGCUAUCAACCUCAACGUGAGAAUUACGUAUGCCAAGAAGGGGCAUGGCUGGACAAAUCACCAAAAUGCGAUUCAAAAUUCUCCGAAAUUGUCACCAUCCAACCCGAGCGACCUGCUGAGUGUGAUAUGAAAGUGGACAACGGUCACUUGUCGCAGACCGAUAACGAAACCGGAACAUACACUUUACACUGUGAAACUGGCUAUCAACCUCAACGUGAGAGUUAUGUAUGCCAAGAAGGGGCAUGGCUGGACAAAUCACCAAAAUGUGUUUCAAAAAGAUGUCACAAAAUCAAAAGUGACUACAAGUUAGUAGAGGGUGAGAACUUGAAUCAUGGUGCUGAAAUCAUCUUACGUUGUAAUGAGAAUACAAGCUACCCACACUUUGGAAUAGAGCGGGCGUGGUGCUUCAAUGGCCAGUGGCUGCCACGUCGACCAGAGUGUAAGAAUUACUGCGAAUUACCAACUGGUGUCAACAGCUUGACGGAUGUUAGGACUAAUCGCCCCUCUCCUAGACUGGUCAUGCAUGCGGUUGGAGUACACCAAAUGUGCGGGGAUGGAUCGUUCCAAUACAACAAAUGUCUUAAUGGCAAAUGGAUGCAAGACUUUCUUCAGUGCAACUAAGACAAACUAUUCAAGUGCCAUAUGCUUUUUCGAAAACACAAAGGGAUUACGAUGUUCCUGAUUUUAAUUGUGUAUGUUUCAACUAAAGUUUGGAGCAAAGACCAAUGCUCGUCUGUUUCACAUAUGGUACAAGUUUCAGUGCAAAUAGUUUUGAUAUCUUGGACAGUUUUUGAGUUAGUUUAAAUAUAUUUUAUUCAACAUAAAUAUUAUAAAUUGCAUCAUUUUAUACAUGAUGUAUUGAAGCGGAUUAAAACGAAAGAGGAG